GUUUUUAUUGCCAUUCGAUUUUCAACAUAAAUUUUCAGUUGUGUUAAAACAAAACAAAAAUAAAUAAUUUACCAUAAAAUCGCUUUCGACACAUAACAAUCGUAGAUGUUUUGAAUGUAAUGGAUCAUUACAACAGUAACAAUGACACGUUGGACACUUCUAAUACUAAUUUUGGCUCUACCAUUAAUCUUCGCGGUGGAUAAAAUAAAAACAUCGCGAAAAGAGUUCCCUCCACAGAAAGAAAAUGGAAACAACUACUACAUCGAAACAUCAGAGUGUCGUAUUCUGAAUACCCAAAAAAUGUCAAAAAAUGCCACGAAUAGUAGAAAGGAUGACGAUUAUGAGAAAUGCUACCAAGAUGAUGAUUUGAUCACCACAGACUUCCAUGACGAACACCAGCGAUAUGUGAUGCUUAUAAACGAUCUUGUUUCGCAACUGAUCGUUGAGUACAAUUGCACUUAUCGUGAGAUUGGAAGGCGAAAAAAUAUCGGCCUGAAAAAAGUGCCCUUUCAGAAUGGUUAUGUGGUGCCCCAUAAUGUGGAGAGCAUGGCAGUUACCUGCAGCAAUAGCCUGGGGGAAGUGCUCCAAACAAGGACCUUGGCCUUUGUGCAGCCCCGCAGUGGGCGCCAACCGCCAAUAUCUAAGCGCCGAAAGCCCAAUGUAAUCAUGAUGGGUAUUGGUAGCAUUUCCCGAACGAUUUUUCACCAAAACUUUCCAGAAUUUAGCAAGCGUCUUCAAAUGGAGGGCUGGUACGAGAUGCAAGGAUACGGCAGAGUGGACAAGGGCCUCAUGCCCAAUUUAAUGGCCAUUCUCUCCGGCUACAUUCCUCAAACGUGGCAGAACAUAGGUUGCCAUUCGAAGAAACAAGGCUGCUUGGAGACGCUGCCCUUGAUCUGGAAUCAAUUCAAGCAGAGGGGUUAUCUGACGGCCUACGCGGAGGACGUGAGCUAUCAAAAUGUCUUUAACUUUGAAAAGUCCAGCCUCGAUUACUAUGCUAAGGGAAUCGACAGUAAAGUUCCCACUGACUGCAUUGGCAGAAUGAUGAACAUUCGAUAUGUCUAUGAAUUCUGUCAGCAAUUUCUGGAACGACAUAUGACCACGGAAUCUCAGCAGCCUCUGUUUGGACUCUUUCGGACCAACAGCUCGAGCUACGACAUGUUUGCGGAUGGUAAAAUUUUGGAACCAUUUUUUAUGGAAUAUAUUCUGAGCUUCAUUGAGCUGGGACUCUUUAAGGAAUCGAUUGUGAUCAUCUUCAGCGAUGAGGGCCCAGGCUCAGGCCAUGAGGAGACCCUGCCUAUGCUGUUUAUCUGGCUGCCUCCUUGGUUCCGUGCCGAGCAUCCUGAAGCGGUGCAGGCCUUGCAAAUCAAUAGCCAACGACUUACCUCCCCAUACGACUUGCAUCUGACUCUCCAGUACAUUCUGGAGCUGGGCGAAAGAUGGCCACACGCUGUGGAGGAGCUGGAGGACUGUCCGAAAUGCCAGACACUUCUGGCGCCGAUAAAUGAGAGCCGCGUCUGCCCGGAUGCGGGAAUAAGUGAUGAAACAUGCCCUUGCGGCAUCUACAAGUCACUUGCCACCAGGCACACAGAGCAUCUGCCGUUGGGUACGCUUCUUGUGCGCAGUAUAAACGAAUACUUGCACCACAGAAAUCUUCAAGAGUUCUGCUCCAAUUUCACCCUCAAGUCCGUUGCAGCCGUUUCCAUGCGUGUGGAGGAGCGUCAGUCACCAUCGUACAUCAACACCUAUCGAGUGACAUUCAGCGUCAACCGACAGCUCUUCGGAAGCGCCAAUCCCAAUCAUCCAGAGUUCUCCGGAAGUAUACGCUAUAACCACAAGCUGAAAACUAUGGACUAUCUGAACGUGGGAUCCAUUCAAAGAUUGGAUCCCUAUCGAAACGAUUCCAAUUGCAUGAAAAAACUGACAGGAAAGAAGUUUUGUGUGUGCAAGAGCCGAAUGGAGAAACUCAUUGAAAAAUUAAAUACCCAGAGCAUAAAGAAAAAGACAAAAAAGGAAAUUCUUAUACUUAAAAAAGAAAAGAGAUUGCCAAACCCGAAAUACCAAAAAAAAAGCAAGCAACGUCGACACCCGGCAGAAAAAAACGUUGGAAAACACAACAAAUAAUCGAAAGGAAGCCUCGAUAAAGAAAAAUUGAUAAUCGAAACUCAUGUCUAAUGGAUUUUGCACCAAAACAUUACAAUUAUCACGCUAAAAAUGUAUAAUGUUUCCGGCAGUCGCUAGUUAAUG